AUGAGUGAAUCCAAGGAACAUACUGCUCAAGAUGAUGUGAUAGACAGCAAGGAGCAAGAAAAAGAAUCAACUGAGACAACACAAGACGACAAGACAGAGCAACAACAGCCCACAUGGACACCUGUUUGGGACGAUAAUGCACAAGCUUAUUACUGGUGGAAUACAGAGACAAACGAAACCACAUGGAUCAACCCUGAUGCCUCAGCAGAGGAAGUCGCAGCAGCACAAGCGCAAGCAGCCUCAACAGCAACAGCAGCCAACAGCAACCCUUUAGAUUUCUUACUGGAUAGAAUAGAUAAUGUUGUAAAGAAGAAAUUAGAUGGAUUAGACGAGAGUACAACGACAGGCUCAAGUAUACCUGCCGACAAUAACACAGCAGCAGCUUACUAUGACAGCAGCAACAGCUACGCUACAUCUUAUGACGGUUAUCCUGCUGCAGCUGAUCCCAGUGCUUCCAACAGUGCUGAUUUAUACACAUCCCAAGCUCAUUUUAAUGCAAGAACAGGAAAAUUCGCUACACAAGCAGACGUCAAUCGCUUAAAUCCAGAAAUGCUUUCAAUAGAAGCCCGUGCUAAAAGACAAAUGCAGAACUACUUUGAUGUGGACAGCUAUACAGAACAACGAAAUGCUCAAAUACACAAUGCGGAAAGUGGUAGAAUCAACAAGAAAAGGCCAUUGACACGCAAAGAAGUCGAAUACUUUAAGAGGAUGAAGAAGGAAAAGAAAUCAAAAAGAGCCAGAGAAUGGUUAAUGCAGUAA